AUGGAAUAAAUUGCUUGCCAAGUUAAGUACCCACCAACAGCUGGAACAGAAAGAGGAAGACCUUCAAGAAUUGAUUCUAGUUCGAAAUAUUUAGUUUAUUGCAUUUCAAAUAGUGUUAUUGUAAGAAAUUUAGAAGAUCUAUCUAAAUAUUCUGUAUUUGAUUAACAUAAGUUUGAUACAACAGCAGUUGCUAUUUCACCUAGUGGAAAUUUAUGUUGUUCAGGAGAUGCAAAGGGAUCCAUUAUGGUUUGGGAAUUAAACAUUUAGGUAACUUGAUGAAUGUAGUUUAGCCUCAUCCAGUAUUUAGAUAAUAUGACGAUGUUUUAGGAGGUGCUAUAAAAGAUAUCUGUUGGACAGGAGAUAAUGAAAGAUUAGCAAUAGUAGGAGAAGGCAAAACUUAUUUUGGCAGAACUAUACUUCUAGACACUGGUAGUAGUGUUGGAGAAAUUAGUGGAGUAUCUUAAACUUUAAAUUCUUGUGCAAUGAGACCUUAAAGACCAUUUAGAUUGGCUUUAGGAGGAGAUGAAACUUCAAUAUGUUGGUUUGAAGGACCUCCAUUUAAAUUUAAGAAGUCAAUGAAAUAACAUAAUAAUAGCAUCUUUUCAAUUAAAUAUAAUAAAAGUGGUGAUCAUUUUGUUUCAGUUGGAGCUGAUAAGAAGAUCUAUGUAUAUGAAGGAAAGACAGGAGAAGUUGUUAAAGAAAUUACAACAGAUAAUCCUCAUACUAGAAGUAUUACAGGAGUAAGUUGGAUUAAUGAUACAACAUUUGUAACUUCAUCUAAUGAUACUACAUUAAAAGUAUGGAAUUUUGAUGGAUUAUUAAAAACAUUGAAAAUUACAAAUUCAUAAGAAAUUGAUGAUAUGCAAGUAGGAGUAACUGUAAAUGAAAAUGUUGCAUAUUCUCUAUCAUUAACUGGUGCUUUAAAUGUUUGGAAGGAUGUUCUAAAUGUUGAAGAGGGACCUACUUAAAGAUUGUUUGGACAUAAUGCUCUUGUUGGUUAGAUGGUGGUUUAUGGAAAUAAACUUAUAACAGGUGAUAAUAAUGGAAGAUUAUGUAAUAAUUAUUUAAUUAAUAUUUAUAGUAAUAUGGGAUAAUCUGAAUUCAAUAAGGCCAACAGGAAUACAUCAUACUAAAUAAGUGAUCUCACUAUCAUUUUCAUAAAAUUUAUUAUACUCAUUAGGAGGAGAAUAAAUUAAAUUGACUAAUUUAGAUACUAAUACAAUUGAGAAAACUAUUGAUUGUAAAGGUUUAACUUUAAAAUUAUAAGCAAAUUAAUCUAAUCCUAACAUUUGUUAUUUGCUUAUGGAAAAUGGAGUUAUAUUAGAAUUUACUAAUUUACAAUUAACUAGAGAAUAUUAAUUAGGUUAUGAAGUUAGUAGUUUUUUAUUAGCUGAAUCAGUAUUUUUAGUAGGUGAUCUUAAAGGAAAAAUUCAUGCCAUCAACAUUGAAAGUGGUGCUGAAGAAUAAACUUUUUAAUUACAAUAAACUAAAAUAACAGCUAUGGCCUUAUAAGGUGAUAGAUUCUUAUGUGGUGAUACAACUGGUAAAAUGAAACUUAUAGAUUAUAAAUAAAAUUAAGUAUUAUUUGGGGAUAGAUGGACUCAUCACACUACUAUCAUUUCAUCUUUAUGUUUUACAUCUUCAGGUAAAUUUGCAGUAUCUACUGGUUAUGAUAAUAAAAUAAUGGUUUGGAAUUUAUAAGAUGGUUAAAGAGUACUUGAAAGAAUAGGUAAACUUAAAAUUAAAUUUAAAUUUAGAUGCUCAUAAAAGAGGAGUCUUAACAGCUAUUAUUACUUAAGAUAAUAAAGUCAUCAGUAGCGGAGGGGAUAAUUCUUUUAAAGAAUGGAUGCUAAAUUUAGAAUGAGU